AUGUCAAAAUUGGGCGGAGCCACUGCGAGAGUCGUCAAAGGUGCUCUUAAAGCCAGGCAAACCAGAGCGGCUCUCACACUGACAAAUGAGGCGGUGAGCAGAAUAAGAGUUCUGCUGGCACAACAAAACAAUGCAAAUGCGCUGAAAAUCGGAGUCCGCCAAAAAGGCUGUAAUGGGUUGACGUAUACACUGGAAUAUGCCCGGGAAAAGCAGAAAUUUGAUGAAGAAGUUGAGCAGCUCAAAAACUUCCAUUUUGCAGGACGGAAUCAAAGUUUGGUCGAGCCCAAAGCCCAAUUAUCACUGCUGGGCUCCGAAAUGGACUAUGUCACUGAUAAGCUCUCGUCGGAAUUCGUUUUUCGAAAUCCCAACAUUAAAGGAACGUGCGGAUGUGGCGAAUCGUUUAGCAUCUGA